GUCACUUGUCAACGGUCAACGGGCGGUCAGCCCUGUCGUCAGUCGUGGUCAGUCGGCGGGCAAACGGCGUGCGAUGUGGCGUUUGUUGGCGCUAUGUACGGCGUUUAUGUGCGCGCGCGGCGCGCUGUUGCCUCUGGAGGCUGAGCGGCUGCGCGCCUCAGUCGGCGGUUACGCUGUUAUGAACUGCCACCUUGACUUCCCCUUUGGGAAUGAAAUACCGUACCACUUGCAGUGGGAUAAAGAUGGUGAAACUAUAUUCUCGUGGUACAGUGGAGACGCGUCGCCGCGUGUGGCGGAUCGCUGGGGCGGGCGGGUGCGUCGAGUGGGACCCGGCGCGCCUUCAGAAGAAGGUGAAGCGGCGCCCAGCGCCUUAGGCGGAGGUUCCGUUAACGUCAGUUCCGUGCGCGAGACCGACGCCGGUCUCUAUCGUUGUCUGGUCACCUUCCCUAACCGCACACCACCCUCUCGCAACAAUGGCACCUAUUAUUAUUUAGAUGUUGAAGGUGGUAACUUAAUAGUGACGCCACCUGUCAACGUGACUGUGAUUGAAGGUGACAGCGCUGAGCUGGAGUGCUUAGUGAAAAGUCCAGAGUGGAGUGUUCAGUGGUACCGCGAGGACGUUAGUGUGAGCGCGCUGCCGGAGUUGGCAGCGCGGACGUCGCUGGCUCCUAACGGUUCGCUGCUGCUGCGACGCGCUAUCAGCUCAGACCUUGGCCGCUAUGAAUGUCGCGUCAGUGCACCAGACGGACGCCGCCAAACUGCCGCAGCUCACCUUGACGUGCAUUACAAAGCAAAAGUAGUGUACUCGCCCGCCGAGCGUCAUCUCGGCUACGGUAAGCCGGCGAGUCUCGACUGCCACUUUAGUGCCAAUCCACCGCUCACCAACCUACGCUGGGAAAAAGAUGGCUUCCUGUUCGACCCUUACAACGUUCCUGGUGUCUUCUACAGUAGGAAUGGCAGUCUACUCUUCAAUAAGGUAGACGAGUCUCACGAGGGCGUGUACUCUUGUACGCCGUACAAUACCUUAGGGUCGGCUGGCCCAAGUGCCGGAGUGCGCGUACGUGUUCAGCGUCCGCCCGCCCUAGCAAUACGACCACGCCCGCUUUAUCUGGCUCGCCUUGCUGGUCAUAUCACGUUGCCCUGCGUUUCCGAACCACAGCUAGCUGCUGUUCCGCCUUCUCUUUCUUGGGCACGAAAAGACGGACACCCUUUACCACCAGGUCGCCAUACGCUCGACGGCGGCAAUCUUACCAUAACUGCCGUUCGUGAGGAAGACCGCGGCUCAUACGUGUGCACGCUAACAAACGAAGCGGCCGCUGUCAGCGCUGAAACGGAGCUGGUCGUUGAAAAUGUGGCUCCACGUGCGCCUCAUGAUCUGCGUGCGCGGGCUGAAUCGAGCGCCGUGCACGUCCAAUGGGCGGCAGACCGUGCUGACCUGGAAUACCAGGUGUGGUGGCGUGAACGUUCACGUGGCGAAUGGCGCACCAUGAAGAUACUGACACGUGGCGAUACGCACGCAACGCUUCGUGGUUUACGUCCGGCCACACCCUAUGAGCUGCGUGUCCUCGCGCAGGAUCAGCUCGGUGAUGGCUUAUUCAGCCAGCCACUCUUCGUCACUACUCCAGAUUUGGAAGCGAGCGGAAUGUCGGAAGCGAGUGAGGAAGUGGAAGUAGCAACGGCGCUGCCAGUGAGCGAAGUGACUGAAGAGAUGGAAGAGGCUUUGGAGGUGGAAGGUGUGGCAGAGUUAGAAGUUCGCGUGUUGAUCGUAGAAGAGGGCGCCUUAGUGCGUUGGGAGCCACACGUCACCGGCGAACGCUGUACCGUGCGCUGGUUCCGCGACGAACAUCCGCGCCGACUACUCGCGCUUGCGCACACCACGCACGAUCAUCUGCUCGUGGGAGCUGUAGAGGAGGGCGGCGCAUACUGGGCCCAAGUACAAUGCGGUGGGGCAUGGGGUGGUGCAUCUGCCCAUGUCCCGCACUAUGGCCGACUGCGCGCCGCUGCUCUUGGCGUCGGCGUGGCUGCAUUACUGCUCGGCGCGGCCGCUACAACCGCCUGGCUUCUACGACGACGCUUCAUACGUCGCCCAGUUCGCGAUAAGCGCUCGCGUUGAACUUAUACACCUUGUGAACAGACUUGCGAAAGAUUGUGAAGUGAUUGUGCAUUAUUAAUCAGUUUUAGAUCCGUCGAAGCUAGAAAACAAUAAUUCUUUUCCGAAUUUCUUAAAUUAUAAUAAAACAGAUCUCUCUUUACGCUCGCACAGAACUUUUCACCGUCCGACUCCCAGAAACAACAUUGGGUCCCGUGAGGCUCUUCACAGGACGUGUUCUACCUUGGAUUCUGCCACUAAUAUCGAGGCUUUAUCGCACUUAUCUACUGCUUCAUUAAAGAAUAAGUCAAAAGUCAAAAGUCAAUUAUAAAUAAUUUCUUCCUUAUAUUUAGCUACUAGUUUGUUUGUCGUUCUCUUAAUUUAUAAAUUUUAUGUUGUCAUGUUUAGUUUUGUUUUGUAUUAUAUUUUUUAUCAGUGAAACUUUUUGUGGAUAUACCCAUGUAUUUCAUAUUUUACUUUUAUUUUUUCUUCUGUAUAGAGAUGAAUCUGUUUAGUUUCUUUAAUUCAUAAAUAUAGCCUUCAAUUUUUGUCAUAAUUAAACUGGGAUAUCUAAAUGAAAUGUGAUUAAUUUAAUUGUCUUCUUGAUAUGAAAUUGUUUAGCAUUAUCACGAAUGUAGUGAUAAGCUUUGUAUUAAGAAAGCAAGUUACUUUCGCGUU